CUUGUGAAUAAAAUACCCUGAGAUUAUUUUUCUUUCUAUAUCUGAUUGAAUUCAACUAAAACUCGUAAAAAUCAACAACGACAGCUAUCGACCUCUGCAACUUCCUCAGUACUAGCCCUAGAAUUAAGCUCUACUACUCCCAAUUCUCGAUGACUGACUCGAGUCUGGACUCCUCCGACACGCAAACGCCGAGAAUCGCCACCGGAAACCCACCUCCUCCUAUCAAGAACGGAUACGUCAGCAUCGGUGUUCCCGCCACCGCCAGUGACGCUUCUCUGUCUCCGGCCAACAAAAUCAGGAGAAUAACGGUGCUUCCACUAGUUUUCUUGAUAUUCUACGAGGUCUCAGGCGGUCCUUUCGGGAUUGAAGACAGCGUGAAAGCAGCAGGACCAUUGUUAGCAAUCUUGGGAUUCAUCGUCUUCCCUUUUAUAUGGAGCAUCCCCGAAGCACUCAUCACCGCCGAGAUGGGAACAAUGUUCCCGGAGAACGGCGGUUACGUCGUGUGGGUCUCCUCCGCAUUAGGACCUUACUGGGGAUUUCAACAAGGUUGGGUUAAAUGGCUAAGCGGCGUCAUCGACAACGCUCUGUAUCCCAUUCUCUUCCUCGACUAUCUCAAAUCCGGUAUCCCGAUCCUCGGCGGCGGAAUCCCGCGUAUCGCCGCGAUUCUUGCGUUGACUGUUGCCUUGACUUACCUCAACUACAGGGGAUUGAGCAUCGUGGGUGUAGCAGCUGUUCUUCUCGGGGUUUUCUCCAUCCUUCCGUUUGUGGUGAUGACUUUCAUGUCGAUUCCAAAGGUUCAGCCUUUGAGAUGGCUUGUGGUUAGCAAGAAGAUGAAAGGUGUUGAUUGGAACUUGUAUCUCAACACUCUCUUCUGGAAUCUCAACUAUUGGGAUUCCAUCAGCACGCUUUCUGGGGAAGUUGAUAACCCGAAGAGGACGUUACCGAGAGCUCUGUUUUACGCUCUGUUUCUUGUUGUUCUCUCUUACAUCUUCCCGGUUCUGACCGGUACGGGAGCUAUAAGUCUUGAUCAGAAGCUAUGGACGGACGGUUACUUUGCUGAUAUCGGUAAAGUGAUUGGAGGAGCUUGGUUGGGAUGGUGGAUUCAAGCUGCAGCAGCGACAUCGAACAUGGGGAUGUUCUUGGCCGAAAUGAGCAGUGAUUCGUUUCAGCUUCUUGGAAUGGCUGAGCGAGGGAUGCUCCCUGAGGUCUUUGCGAAGAGAUCACGCUACGGAACACCAUGGGUCGGGAUACUGUUCUCGGCCUCUGGUGUGGUUCUUUUGUCAUGGCUAAGCUUUCAAGAGAUUGUGGCUGCAGAGAGUCUCUUGUACUGUUUCGGAAUGGUUUUGGAGUUUAUAGCGUUUGUGAGGCUAAGGGUGAAACAUCCGGCUGCAUCACGGCCUUUCAAGAUACCUGUUGGGGUUUUGGGAUCGAUCCUCAUGUGUAUUCCUCCAACCAUACUCAUCGGUGUCAUUGCGGCGUUUUCGAACCUGAAAGUAGCUGCGGUUAGCCUUGCGGCUGUUGUGAUUGGGCUUGUGUUGCGACCGUGUCUGAAGCAUGUGGAGAAAAAGGGAUGGCUCAAGUUCUCUGUCAGCUCUCACCUACCAGACCUGAUGGCCUAAGCAAAAUCAGUUUUGUCUGAAGAUGAUAGAUAUGAUGCUAAUGCUUUUACCUUUGAUCUAUUUCGAAUUAGAGCUUAAAGCUGCUUAUUCAACACUACUUAAUAUUUUUCAAUUCACCCGAAAAUGUAUAGAAGUUUUCUCUCUUUUUUUUUCGUUUUCUAAUUGCAUUAUACACUAAUUUACACCGCACACAGUUGUGAUGGAUACAUGAGGGACAUUUGUGUCUACUCAGAUUUCGUAGGACAUAAAUUAC